AUGGACCAGUGUGGGAGCAAAAAGACGAAGGCGGUGGUCUUGAGGUGCUACGAGGGUUUUCCAUGGUCGGUCGACGAUGUGUACAAUGUCCGAGCGUUGAUCGCAGAGCUCGCGUUCGAUCCUGACUCUUCCUACACUGUCCAUCUCCUCGUCGAGGUUCACAGCCGCGAUCUUGCAUUCCAGACAUCGGCUCGAGCCCGUCUGGCUGCGCUGCAACGAAGCAUACCCCGAGAGUUCUGGUCCCUCGUCACACUAUGGAGCGAGGACCAGAUGGCCAGUCUCUAUCCCCGCCUUCCGCUGACACAGGGUCUCCUCAACCAUAUGAGUGCCCAUUCCUCGUACCGGUCCUGCUUCAUGCCGCUGCAGAAGUUUGCGCUGGACCACGAGGACUACGACUUCAUUUGGAACUGGGAGAUGGAUGUGAGGUCCACUUUUGAUUACCGCACCAUCAUAGAAGCUGUCGAAGGUUAUGCACGGACUGAAGAGACGAGCGCCUCCGCGAGCCAUUGGAGUUUGUCUGGUCGGCUGGCAUCCGGCGCUGGGAAACAAGAAGCAGACCUUAUCACACUCAAUCCCAUGUUUGACGUCAAGGGCAGCGGUUGGUACUGGAGCUACGACGUCCAGAACUAUCCCGACGAGCAAGAGACGGAGAGGAGAGCCUCGAUCGGGACGACGGUCCGCUUCUCUCGACGCAUGCUGCAGCAGAUGAAUUUGGCAAACGCAGACGACAAGCGCUCGAUGCAGUGCACAUCCUUCCCAGCCAGUGUCGCUCUGCAUUCGCACUACUCCAACCAGGAGUGGGCCCGCCUCUACUCAGCACCCAGACCGGACCCGCCACUCAAAGCGGUGUACGUGCGCCACCCCAUCUACAUGGGCCACCGAUGGGAUUCCCAAAAGCUGCUGCGGGCACUCUCGCGGCCCGACUUCUAUAUGAAAGCAAAUGAAAAGACGAUGCGGGAUGCGAGUUUCUAUUACGACGGCGGCCACGCUCGGGCAAUCUAUCUGGGCUGGAUGAACAACGACAGGUCGGUUUGCCGGGCGCCAUCGCUGCUCCAUCCCAUCAAGUCCUUCCACCUCGCCAAGCGUGCUCCGCCGACAAGUGCAAGCAUGUAG